AACAUAUUUGCUGUAUUUUCGCGGAUUUUACACUGGUGAAAGGAGACCAGAAGGUGAUGAAAUAAAAGGGGACGCGGAUGAGAGGACGACAUUAGAGACAGAGGGAGAAUCUGACCCGUGCUUGAAUCCGGCUCGCUCAGAAUCUAGCAGUGUAGUGGAGGAGCAGAGAGGACAGGACAAGAAGCGGGGGAAGAGAGCAACGAAGGAGUGGAGGGGGUAAAAAGCUGUGUGAGGCGAGACGCUCCCUCCGUCUGAAUCACGGUGUUGGUUUCACCGACGUAGCGAGCAGCAUCACUUCUCCCUCUCUGCAUCAUCGAGGCUCCGCAUCGCUGCUGCCCGGGGAGACGACUCUGCGUUUGAGCAAGAUAACCUCUUUGAAACCCCGUGGACACUGUGGAGUGUGUGUCAUGUGAAGCGCUGUGCCGGAGAACAUGCUGUCCCCCAUGCUGUCCUGCUAAUAGCUAUCACACUGAUAAUGUUAGGGACUGAUUGGAUAUCUCUUCUUCCAGUGUGAAAAGGUGAACAGUUUUUGAUCCCAUCUGCUCUGGAUCUGUUUGUGGUCCUCUAGUAAUCCAGCUGGAUGCAGGUGAUGGAGUGCUUGCUGUGUCUGCUGGUCCUCAGCUCCAUGGCCCUAAAAGAGGCUUUCGGUGGAGACGUGUGUGUAUCGGGUCAUGACAGUGGGCCAGUGUUUGAAGAACAGCCCAUCAGUGUAAUUUACCCAGAGGGCCUAAAGGAAGGCAAGGUGACCCUCAGCUGUCAGGCCAGAGCCAGCCCAGCCGCUUCCUACAGAUGGCUUGUGAAUGGCACAGAAGUCCCACUGGGUUUGGAACCACGUUACACCUUGGUGGCUGGGAACCUGGUGAUCAGCAGCCCAGAGUCUAUUCGAGACACAGGCUCUUAUCAGUGUCUGGCCAUCAACCGAUGUGGCACCAUCAUCAGUCGAGCAGCUAACGUCAAAUUUGGCUAUGUCAAUGACUUCCCUCCAGACAGCAGGAGUCCUCAGACAGCAUAUGAAGGGUUAGGAACUUUCCUUGCCUGCCAGCCCCCUCCACAUUACCCAGCUCUGUCUUACCGCUGGAUAAUCAAUGAAUUUCCCAACUUCGUCAAGACAAAGGAUGGUCGAUGGUUUGUGUCGCAGGUAACAGGGAACCUGUACCUGGCCAAGGCAGAGCCAAACGAUACCGCAAAAUACUACUGCUUCACCACCAUCAACUUGGACAUCAGCACUAAGAGUACCUUCAGCAAAGACAACCAGCUCACUGUACUGUCUGAUGCCAAUCCCAAGAAGUCAGCUCCAAGCAUCAAAGUGCGCUUCCCAGCAGAGACCUACGCCCUUGCAGGACACACCGUUCAGUUAGAGUGCUUUGCCUAUGGAAAUCCAGUCCCAAAGCUGCGAUGGAGGAAGGUGGAUGGUUUGAUGCCAUCCAAGGCUGGUUCCAGUGCAGAAGGUCCCACCCUCAUCCUGCCAUAUCUCUCAUUUGAUGACGAGGGCCUAUAUGAGUGUGAAGCCUACAACUCAGAAGGAAGUGAUACGUACCAGGGACGCAUCAAUGUGCAAGCUCAGCCAGAGUGGCUGCAGGUGAUGAGUGACUCAGAGGUGGAGAUCAGUUCAGAGCUACACUGGAGUUGUGUAGCUGCUGGUAAACCACGACCCUCCGUACGCUGGCUGCGCAACGGACAGCCACUCAGUACACAGGACCGGCUAGAGGUGAACGGGCCUCGUCUGAAGAUCAGUAACCUUGCCCUGGAGGAUUCUGGGAUGUACCAGUGUGUAGCUGAGAAUAAACAUGGUACCAUCUACUCCAGUGCAGAACUCAGAGUUCAAGUUCAGGCUCCAGACUUCAGGUUAAACCCAGUAAGAAAACUGAUCCCAGCUGCCAGAGGGGGACAGGUUAUAAUCGAGUGUCGGCCUCGUGCUGCCCCGAAGCCUAGCCUGUUCUGGAGCCGUGGGACGGAGCUGCUCACAAACAGCAGCAGAAUCACAGUAACUCCAGAUGGAAUCUUGUGGAUCCACAAUAUCAGCAGGGCAGAUGAAGGGAAGUACACCUGCUUCGCUGAAAACUAUCUGGGCAAAGCCAACAGCACCGGACACCUGUCUGUCAGAGAUGCCACUAAGAUCACACUGGCACCUUCCAAUGCUGACAUCAAUCAGGGGGAGAAUGUGACGCUGCAGUGUCACGCAUCCCAUGAUCCCACCAUGGACCUGACCUUCACCUGGGCCCUCAAUGGGGUCCUGUUGGACCUUGAGGAUUCUGAUGGGCCAUAUCACAGGGUGGAGGGGAAGGAAAAUAUUGGUGACCUGUUGACUGUGAAUACUCAGCUGAGUCAAGCAGGGAUGUAUACAUGCACAGCUCAAACUGUGGUUGACAGUGCCUCAGCUUCAGCUAAACUGGUGGUUCGAGGCCCCCCAGGACCUCCCGGAGGUUUACUGGUAAAGAAUGUUGCUGAGACAUCAGUGGAACUCAGGUGGAGUCGUGGCUACGAUAACCACAGUCCCAUUGGCAAAUAUAUCAUCUUGGGACGAUCAUCACUCUCAUCAGAGUGGAAGAGGAUGAGGACAGACCCGGUUAACAUCGAGGGGAACGCAGAGUUGGCUCGCGUGAUGGGUCUGAUGCCCUGGAUGGAUUACGAAUUUCAGGUCAUUGCCAGCAACAUCUUGGGCAGCGGAGAGCCCAGCAUGCCCUCAUACACCAUCCGCACGCAGCAAGCAGCUCCAACAGUGGCCCCCAGUGGACUUGGAGGAGGAGGAGGAGACCGAAAUGAACUUAUUGUUACCUGGACGCCCAUGGCCAGAGAGUACCAGAAUGGUGAUGGCUUUGGCUACAUCCUCGCAUUCAGGCGGACAGACACAUCAUCAUGGACAGUGGUGCGUGUUCCCCUUGUGGAGUCAUCCCGAUAUGUAUACUACAAUGACAGCCUGACGCCGUACAGUCCCUUCGAGGUGAAGAUCAAAGCAUAUAACCGCAGAGGAGAAGGUCCUUUCAGCCAGAUCGCUGUGGUCCACUCUGCUGAGGAAGAACCCACGGCGGGACCACUGAGCAUUAAUGCCACAGCAAUGACCGCCUUUGAGAUUCAGGUUUCAUGGGAGCCCGUCCAGCAGCUCAGUGCCAAUGGCAUCCUCAGAGGAUAUGAGAUCCGAUAUUGGCGACAGCAUGAACGGGAAGCGGCAGCAGACCGAGUGCGGACCGCAGGACUGGAAACAACAGCCAGAGUUUCUGGACUUCGACCCAGCACUCGAUACCAUGUCUCUGUUCUGGCAUACAACAGCGCCGGCACCGGGCCACCCUCACCGCGCACCACUGUCACCACCAGGAAACCACCCCCUAAUCGUCGACCAGGUAACGUGUCAUGGAAGACUGAUGGCUUAUGGGUAACAGUGAGGUGGGACCAUGUGAAGGCCAUGCACAAUGAGUCAGCUGUACUGGGUUACAAAGUUCUUUACAAGCAUGAAGGUCAGACAGCUUUGAAAGUUCUGGACAAGGCAAAGACAUCAGUGAGUCUGCCGCUGCCAAAAGACAAUGGUUACGUUGUGUUGGAGAUUCGGUCCUGGGGAGAGGGAGGGGACGGGCCAGCACACGAGAUUAUUGUGUCCCGGGACUCAGGAACUGGUAUGAUGGUGCAGAGCGAUUCCUCCACACUGUCCAGUCACCCUCUCCUCCUCCUCACUGGCUUUGUUCUACUCACUCUUGUGACGUUAUUAGGCCUGUGAUCUCAGCCAGUCUGUGGACUUUUUACAUGUAAUGGCUUCAAAUGGUCGGGGAAGGUUAUAGCACUGCAGGGAUUGAACAGGUGGGAGAGGAAGGCGGGGUUUCACUUUUCUUUUCUUUUCUUUUUUCUCUCUAUAAUAAUGAAAAUUAAAGUGGGUCUUUUUUAGUCUGUAUGGAUGGAGAAGGAGGAGAGGGCAGCCCUAACUAUUUGUGUAAACCAUGCCUUAUGGGGACCAUCACAUCUUUGUCUGACACAUCUCAUAUUUGUGUCCUCAAACUGUAGCUGGCAAGCCAAACAGACUUCGGGUGUAAACUAUUCAUGGGUUUAAUGGUGUGUAUAACACCUGUACAUACAAUUAAGUGUUACAUGUCUGUUCACACUGAGAGCAACUUCACUGAUAAUUCUGUGUAUUCUGACCAGUUAUGGGUGGUCUGAGAGUUGUAAAGAGCUAAAAUAUUCAGAACAGCUCCACAUGCAUUUAACUGCCUGUUAAAAUUGAAGAGUCAAUGCUCCUCACAUCCUGAAAACUUUACAACACAGUUUUUCAGUCUUUGAAAGCCCUUUUAAAUGACAAAAUUGACCAUAUUGUCCUGGAAAAGUUAUGAAAUUAACAUUCAGUGGUUCUCUAAACUUAACUGAAACUUAAAUCUAAGUUCCUCAAGCCAUGACAUCUGCAUUGUCUUUGACAAUGUCAUGGAAAGUAAUAUAUAUAUCCCAAUAUUAUUAGGUGUGUCGGCAAAAAGAAAACAGUAAAUAAAUAAAAGGCACCAGCACACUUAAUAGAUUUUCCCAAAACACAUUAUUACUAUUAUCAUUGAAUACAGCUACAAGGUUUUGACAUUUUUCAGGUUAUGCUCAUUAUGUGAACAUCAAUAUGUAAACAUCAAAUUAGAGACAGUGUAACAGCACAAAAAAUAAGACUGGCAAAGACAAUAUCAGAACACAGGACAAUGCACACUGAAUGCUCAUUAAAACACGAACACCAGUUGUUUCCACUUAAGCCCCUCUCAGAUGGACUGUAACAUGUCAGGAUCAAACCUUAGGCAAUUUGUAAGAUGUGGCAGGAAACUCAGUUUAAAACAUUGAACUACCAUUAUCAAUAGAAUGUGAAGACACAACAGUGUUGAUGUUCUUCCAAAGACAUCUAUGUACUGUGUUACAGACAUGUCUAGAGUGCAAACCAGCUACCCCCGGCCCAUCCUGUCUCCUGAUACCACUUGUAUGUUAGAGGUGAUAGUCUGAUAGUCACAUAGUUUUAGCUGUGAGAUUUAUGCCACCUGUAAACAAAGUAAGCUCACAAACCCAGGAAAUACUUUUUCCUUACUAAACAAGUACAAAUCACACCUUUAUCAGAAUUUAAAAGCAUAGGUUAGAGGUUUCCGUGAUUGUAUUCUGAGACUGCAUUGCAUUGCUUCAAAUCCAAAACAAUUGCAAAAUUCAAUUUACAGUUCAUUUUCUACAUUAUUUAAAUUUACUGACAGACCAUUCAGGUUUCUUUUCUCUGCACUCCCACAUUUUGAAGAUCUCCAGCUUAUCUUGCUGGGCUUGUUGCUUACAGUGUGAACACAGGAUAAGAGUCACUUAUUAAAGCACUGAGGAACUUGUUAUUGUUGGAUUUAAGCUCCUGCUAAUGUUUGUAUGCUUGUUUGUGUUUGUGUUGUAAUUAUAGCAAACUACAGGAAAAUGUCACUGGUACAAUUGAAUGUUUACAUUUUCUAUUUGUUAUCUCUCAUUUUGGGGGGAAGUAAAAUUGGAUAGAUGAAGGCAUGUUUCCUUAUUUUUUUCAUAUUUGUUGUGCCUGCACUGUUUGAAUAAUUCCUGUAACAGUGUAAAAAUGCCUCUGUCAAGUGUUUAUGAAGUUUAUUGUUUUAUGCUGGUAGGCUGAUAUGAGCUGCUGAUAAAGAGCUGGUCACAAAAGUUAUCAGAAAGA